AACUGUGUGUUUUUAUGAAUCAACUUAAGUAGAAUUGAACACUGUCCAUGACAAGAUAGUGAACGUCAUCAGUUUUUUUGUUUCAUGGAGAUGAAGUUGGCAACGGGCUCUGUUGAAUAGCUGCCUUCCUCCUAGUCUGUCAUUUGAAGAUUUCGAACGGUUUUGCGCAGUGAUAACCAGACAUAUUUUCACGCACGAUAAUAACGUGAUAACUAACAUCUACAAUAUAAAAGGGUGAAAGUUACUGUAUCAAAGUUAUAUCCAUCUUUCUAUGAGAGGAAAAUCGUGCAGAAAAAGUUAACAAGAUGUCACUAAAGCAGAUCAUUGAACUUCGUUUUAUCGGAGUGGUGACCAAUUGCAUUUUGUUGAUGAGCUUUGCAACAUCAAACUUUACAACUUAUCCUUGCCCAUGUGAGUGUUGUAUGAUUGCUAGCAGAGUGGACUGCGGUCGCUAUCUCUCGUGCGUGGACAAAAUAGGUUUUUCUAAAAACUGUUCUGAUGGUCUUUUGUUCAAUCAGGAAAUACAGUCCUGCGACCACGCGGAGCAUGUCACGUGCCCCACCAGGCCUCCUAUCCCAGAUAAUUAUAGGUGCUCAACCACAGAAGGCCUUUUCCCGUAUGAACCAGAUUGCUCCUGGUUUAUACAAUGUUCCAACAAUAUCCCUUACACUAUGUCAUGCCCGGUAGGACUACUUUUCAACAAAAUGAAGAAAGAGUGCGAUUACAAAGAUAACACAGACUGUGAGAAAGAUUAUCCUUGGCCGAAGGAGAUCCCAGGAGUUUCAGAUGAGGAACUUAUUACCAAGAAGUGGAAAUGCCCGCAGCUGAAUGGUCUUUUUGAGUAUCCAUUUGUGUCUUCUAAGUACAUCCAGUGUAGGGGAGGUAUUCCAAAUAUGAAGGAGUGUCCAAAUGCUCUCAGCUUCAACACAGUUGAAAAGAAAUGCGACUGGCCGAAAGCAAAGCACACUCACUUGUAGUGUAUUUUUGGAUUGCUGGUUUUUAAUAAGCCAUGAAUGAUUACAAGUACUUAAAAUGUACCCGAGGUUAAGUGAUUUUAUCAACAACAAAAAAAAACCAAAAUAUUUGCUCCAAACAAAGUGUCGUUUUUUUCGAAUAAUUUAUAUUUGUAUAUUUGCGUUUAUUCUUGUUCUAGAGAUUGACAAAGCUUAUUUUACUAAUUAGUUUACUGAACAAUACUGAUUAUAUUCUGAACAAUGACGUAAAAGUAGAAAAGUUGUAUUAAACCUUGAAAGCCAUAACACGCAAAACUUAAGUAACAAAUACUGGCAUACCGAUGUAAGCCUGGCGCAACGAUUCUUACAAUAAAUAUGCUAUUAUAAUUG